AUGAAACACGCGGACACCAAUGUGGUGGACGGCUAUGACCGCUAUGUGUCCAUCUGCAAACCCCUGCACUACGGGACCCUCCUGGGCAGCAGAGCUUGUGCCCACAUGGCAGCAGCUGCCUGGGCCAGUGGCUUUCUCUAUGCUCUGCUGCACACAGCCAAUACAUUUUCCCUGCCCCUGUGCCAUGGCAAUGCCCUGGGCCAGUUCUUCUGUGAGGUUCCCCAGGUCGUCAAGCUCUCCUGCUCUCACUCCACCUUCAGAAAAAUUUGGAUUUCAUUGUUUGUUGCCCCUUUAGCUUUUGGCUGUUUUGUGUUCAUUGUUUUCUCCUAUGUGCAGAUCUUCAGGGCUGUGCUGAGGAUCCCCUCUGAGCAGGGACGGCACAAAGCCUUUUCCACCUGCCUCCCUCACCUGGCCGUGCUCUCCCUGUUCCUCAGCACUGGCUUUUUUGCCUACCUGAAGCCCCCCUCCUUCUCUUCCCCAUCCCUGGAUCUGGCCCUGUCAGUUCUGUACUCGGUGGUGCCUCCAUGCACAACCAAGCUGACCACUGUGACACUGUGGUGCAUCAUGGAAACAAAAGUCCAUUUUAACCUAGUAUGGCUGCAUGAAACCAUGGAGGCCAUUUUUACACUUUGA